AUGGCGUUUAUGGAUUCCCUCCGGGGUUUCUCCCAACUUGUGCUUGGUCCUGAGGGGCGUCGUCUGGCUUUGGCCAGAGAGCUUUUCUUUUGGACCUUGCCUGUCCUCAUUGUGGGGACUUUUUUCGUCAACUCGUGGAUGUUGAUGGAAGUCUUGUACUUCCGCAUCAUCCUGGAAGGCUCUGCCUCCAACUUCCUCUCGGUCUGGUCCCCGAAAGAGGUGUUGCUGGCCCAUGUUCUGCUCGGUGUCUACGUCUUCCUUUUGCUGAAUGCAGCGGGGAGUAUCGGCCUUUGCUGGUACUUCUCCUGUUUUGACGCAAAGGGAUACCGGAUGCCGAGUGGUUCUGUGGCGCCGCGCCCUCGGACGGUUAUGCAAACGGACUACAGUACCUCGGCCCGGUUCGAUUUCGAGCGUCUCGCGUCGGACGGCAAUCGGCCCAAUCGGUGCCCCGAACAGUGUGUCAACGCCGGCGCCUGGAGGGGCGACCGGAUGUACCACUGCCGUCACGGGUACGAUUGCUGCCUCCCGGUCUUUGACCAUUAUUGCUUCUGGCUAUGGGUUCCCGUCUACUUGAACACGAUCAAGCCGUACUGCUUGUUCAUGCCGCUCAUGUUCUUGUACUCGUUGUUCUCCUUCGCCGUCAUGUCUUGGGCUCUGGCUUCGCCGCACAUCCGGGGUCUGUCUCGAUGGAGCUACGCCGUUCUCGCACUCUCUUCGAUCUUUGCAAUCAUCGCCGCCGCCGAUAUGAUCAAGUUCCAAUGGAACGCGAUCGUUUUGCAGAAUCGAGUGGGCAAAGAGCGGAGGUCAACCUGGCGCUGGACAAUGGCAGUUCUCAACGUCAACGGCCGCCUGAUGUUUGACGAGCCGAGCGCCAAUCCGUACUCGUUGGGUAGUCGCUGGGCGAAUGCCCAGGAAGUCCUUGGACGAUGGUACCAGAUGCCGUUCUGGUUCUGGCCGCCCGCAAGGGUGGGCCAAUACGCCAACCAUCUGAACUUGGACUGCGACACGACAAUCUCGCCUGCGUACAUGGUCCACGCCAACAGCCUCCGAUUCAGGGAGAUGUCGGCCCCAGUCUUGGAUAUGCCGCCGCCGCCGCCGCCUCCGCUGCCUGCCCCGCCUCAGCGUGGGUUCUUGCGCCGCCGGCACAACGCAUUUUCUUCCAUGGCUUAG